GCCUUUGUGUGUCUCCUGCUGAUCGGAGCAGCGAGCGUAACGGCCAAACCCAAGCCCGGAGGAGGCGGCUGGUCUUCGGGUGGCGGUGGCGGCGGCGGCGGUGGCGGUUGGUCAUCGGGCGGUGGAGGCGGCUACGGUGGUGGUGGCGGUGGCGGACAUGGCGGUGGUGGCGGCGGCGGUGGUGAUGUCCAGGUCAUCAAAGUCAUCACAGAAAGCGGCGGCGGCGGUGGUGGCGGUGGCGGUGGCUGGUCUUCUGGCGGAGGCGGUGGAGGCGGCGGUUGGUCCUCUGGCGGCGGAGGCGGCGGUGGCUGGUCUUCGGGAGGAGGCGGUGGUGGCGGCGGCGGCGGGGGCGACAUAAAGCUCAUUAAGAUCAUCAGCCUGGGCAGCGCUGGCGGCGGUGGUGGCGGCCAUGGAGGCGGUGGCGGCGGCGGUGGCUGGUCCUCAGGCGGUGGUGGAGGCGGCGGCUGGUCUUCCGGUGGUGGCGGUGGAGGCGGCGGUGGUGCCACCAAGGUCAUCAAAAUCAUUAAGCUGAGCAGCGGCGGCGGCGGUGGCGGUCAUGGUGGUGGCGGUGGCGGCGGCGGCGGUGGCUGGUCCUCGGGUGGUGGCGGUGGUGGCGGCGGCGGCGGCUGGCAGCCAGCCGGCGGCUGGGCCUAAGGCUCCCCAGGCACAGCCCCCAACCACAGCAACCUGUAUAUACUGUACAUAACUGAGAAAUUGUUUGUAAUUUCCUUAUUUUUUUUUUAAACUUUUUUUUAUAUACGAAUUUCCUAUGUAACAGAAGAAAGAGAAGAAAUUGUGUUGUAUUAUGUAAAAAGAUUGCAAAGUCGCAACUUGGCCAAAAGACUACCGAAUAUUUCACGAAUAACCAAUAAAUGUAAACACUAUCAACUGUUAACUAAGGGCCCGAGGGCCUCUGUCUUCCAUGCUGCAUAGAUCUAUAAAUCUCUGGAUUGCCACACAACUGAAGGAUCUUUGUCUCACGGUGAUAUAAUGACAGCAAAAGUCU